GGUGCGGGGGGGGGGGCGGUGGGUGAAGAGCCUGUCGGUUGGCGGGCCGGCGGCGGUGGGGUGCCGCUGCCGGCGCCGUGAGGCGAGCUGACUGCCGCUGGAGGCGAAGGGAGCGGCGGCGGCGGCGGCCAGCUUUGCGAAGUCCGGCGGGCUCAGCCCGCCGCGGUGAGUGGGCACCGGGAGCCGGUGUGGCCCUUCGGAGGAGCUUCGGGUUCUCCCGGUGCGCUCAGCGGCGUUCACGGGAAAUUAAAACCGGGCAAGGAUAUAUAAAAAACAACAUUUCCGAGUGCUACGGUAGCUUCGUCGAGUUACCCGCUCUUAGUUUGCUAAAAAGUCCAACAAAUGAAGGAUCUUUUGAAGACUUCGGACGGGUUCAAUUUUUUUCAUUCCCCGUGCGUGCUUCAAGAACAAAGAACUUGCAGUGUUAUUUGCAGAAAUAAUUUAUUAAUGGGCAUGCAACCGUAUUUAAGUUUCUAGUGCAUGUCAAAAUCCCAUCAGUCGCUACAGCACAAAACAGUCUGCUACAGGAAUCUGUUUUUCACUGGCACGAGAUGGAUUAAAAGAUUUACCGAAUCCUGUCCAGUGCUAAUUUCUGCGGUUCUGUUCACUACCUUAGGUGUAAUCCUUUGACGUAGAAAAGAAAAAUGAAAACGUUCUGUGGUGUGAAUUCUGUGCAGUUCAGAAAAACAGAAUCAGCUUUGUCAAGUCUGUACUUUAAAAGCUACUUUACUUGGAUUUUGUUGCAAUAAAAAUAAUAGACAAAACAAGGUUAGACCCGAGCAAUCUGGAGAAGAUUUAUAGAGAAGUUCAGAUAAUGAAGCUUUUGAAUCAUCCCCACAUUAUCAAGCUAUAUCAGGUUAUGGAGACGAAGGAUAUGCUUUACAUUGUUACUGAAUUUGCAAAGAAUGGAGAAAUGUUUGAUCAUCUAACCUCCAAUGGGCACUUAAGUGAAAGCGAAGCACGGAAGAAGUUCUGGCAGAUUCUUUCAGCAGUGGAAUAUUGUCACAGCCACCACAUAGUGCACAGGGAUCUCAAAACAGAGAACCUUCUGCUAGAUGCUAACAUGAAUAUCAAGUUAGCAGACUUUGGCUUUGGAAACUUCUACAAGUCAGGAGAGCCCCUCUCCACUUGGUGUGGAAGCCCACCCUAUGCAGCUCCAGAAGUUUUUGAAGGCAAAGAAUACGAAGGACCUCACCUUGAUAUAUGGAGCCUUGGGGUGGUGCUGUAUGUCCUUGUCUGUGGUUCUCUGCCUUUUGAUGGACCCAAUUUACCAACUCUGAGGCAAAGAGUGCUGGAGGGCCGGUUCCGCAUCCCUUACUUCAUGUCUGAAGACUGUGAAACACUAAUCCGACGGAUGUUGGUUGUGGACCCAACCAAGCGAAUAACCAUUUCCCAAAUAAAGCAGCACAAGUGGAUGCAAGCUGACCCGUCUCUUCAACAGCAGCAGUCUUUGUCCUUCUCCAUGCAAAACUACAACUCCAACCUGGGUGACUACAAUGAGCAGGUCCUUGGGAUCAUGCAAACACUUGGCAUCGACAGGCAGAGAACUGUUGAGUCUCUGCAAAACAGCAGCUACAACCAUUUUGCUGCGAUUUAUUACCUGCUUUUGGAGCGCCUCAAGGAGUAUCGAAGCAGCCAGCUAUCGAGUCGUCCAGCAGCUGGCCGUCAGCAAAGGCCAAGGAGCUCCGAGAUCAGCAGUGUUGAGAUGCCUCAGGACAGUCUCACUAGUGAAACCCUGCGAUCAUCUCUGCUUUACCAGCAACCUCAGAGCCUGAUUCAGCCAUCCUUGCAGGCAGAAAUGGACUGUGACAUGAGCAAUCCAUUACAGCCUAUGUUCUUUCCUGUGGAUCCCAACUUCAAUGGGCUCUUCCGGAACCGCUCCAUCUCCCCCAACAGCCUGCUGGAGACCACCAUUAGUGAAGAAGUAAGGCAAGAAAAGGAGCUGGAAGAUGAAAUUAAGGCAUAUGACCACCCCAUCCGCAUCCCUAGCAACACCAGCAGGAGGCACACACUGGCCGAAGUGACCACUCAUUUCUAUCAGCAUGCCCCUCCAUGUAUAGUCAUUUCCUCUUCUGCAAGCCCCACAGAGGGAACUAGUUCAGACAGCUGCCUUACUUCAUCUUCAAAUGACAGCUCAGUGGCCCUGAGCAGCUGUUUGGCAGGUCAAGUAAUGACGGGGAGCCCAGCCACAGCUAGGAUGACGUCGCCCUUCCUAGCUUCCCAGUCUGACGCUCCAGUGUUACAAGCCCAGGGCUGCAUAGGAGGUGCUUCUCUCCUGCCUGUCAGCUUCCAAGAAGGAAGGCGAGCAUCUGAUACCUCAUUAACUCAAGGCUUGAAGGCUUUUAGGCAGCAGCUGCGGAAGAACGCUCGAGCCAAGGGGUUUCUCGGCUUGAAUAAAAUCAAAGGCUUUGCUCGGCAGGUGUGUCAGUCCUCCUCAUCUCGGGCAGCAAGGAGUGGCAUGAGCCCUUUCCAGCACACGCAGCCGAACACCUGCAUGUACAGCAGCAGUGGGAGCAGCAGAGAGGGAAGAAGCCUCCUGGAGGAGGUGCUACAGCAGCAGAGAAUGCUCCAGCUCCAGCACCACCAGCUACUCCAGACAGCUUGUCCCCAGACUUCUCAGACAUCUGCAACAAAUGGCAUCCCCUCCUCUGAUAGCAUAGGUACCUGCAAAGCAUCCAAUUCUCUUCUGUUGUCAGAGCUACAAAGAGAGAACUCAUUUGAGCUGGCCUUUGCUGGCAACAGCCAACUGCUCCAACCUCAUUUCUUUGGUGUCAGCGUAUCACCGGUGUCCUCAGCAGCUCACCUUUUAGACACGCACCUGUACAUCAGCAGCAACGUUUCUCCAGUUGGCACUACCUUCUCUCAGCAACAGAGUUUCUCUGCGCAGUCUCCAAGCUAUGACGCUGUCACUCUGCAGCACGGGGAUUGUGAGAUGGAGGACCUGACUUCCAACCAGCUAGGGAAGUUCGUCCUGGUCAAGUGAGAGCCCCGGCUGCUACAGCUCACGCUGCUCUUGUUGCGAAGAACUUUCACCACUGUUCCAUGGCAUGUGUGGGUCCAUGGCUGGCUGGUGUUGUGUGGACGAGUGACUCUCAGAAGCAAUAAAUUUUGAAGUAUGUGAAGAGGCUGUCUGGCUCAGAAAGCUAGCAACUUUAUAGAACUGAAACAAGCAAUAUGUAUGUCUUUUUGCUUCUACUAUUCUUGCACUGAACAAAUAUGAAUAGAAACUGAAUUUUUUAAAGGAAAAAUAAUGAUGGGGAAGAUGGGUGGGGCAUUUGUGGGGACAGGGAGGGAUGUGGUUGGGGAAGAACUCUUCGGUACUGUACUCAAGUCAGACCAAUACAGCUCUGCUGUUAUGCAAGAUUAGCAGCUGUCAGUAGUGGUGACACAGCAGGGAGAGGCUUUUCAAAGAAGGGACCAGAGCCUCCCUUUUUCACAAUAUUCAUUUAUGGGUUUGUGAAGAUGAUUACCUCUUUUAAAGAAAAUAAACAGAAAACCAGUGGCAUGCAGCAUUAUGCAUUCAUAGAAGACAAAAAUGGAAGCAUUGCCAUUUGUUGGGGUUUUUUUCCCUCCUGUUAACACUCAUUUUAUUUAAAGGAACCAACAUCCCCAUUCCACACCUCCCAGAUACAUAUACUUUAAAUGAAAACUGUGAACUUCUUGCUUGAUACAUCAGCUGGAAAAGCUUAAAAAGCCCUUCUAAUUAGUACAGAAGCAAGUAAUCUAUUGAAAAUGUAUCCCUUGAUGUAAGGAUCCAAAUUGCAUAAUGUCUGGUCUUUUGCAGGGAUGUUUGUUUGGGGGUGGUGUGUGUGUAUAUACAUAUAAACGUGCACACAUGCAUAUAUUUUGUCGGUCUGAAUAAUCUUUAGGAAUCUCUUUAUAAACGCUAAGUUUUUUCAUAUUCUUGCAGAGGCACUGAGGAGGGAAGUGUUAGUACCAGUGGGGUGAAGGGAAGGGUUUUCUUUUUAAAAAGCCCUCCUGGAGGUUGCCUACAAAGUUGCCUGAGGGGUAUUUCUUAGUGCUGCACAUUGUUAUUUCCGCUGCUAAUUAUGUUUUUAUGCAUUUCAUUAUCAGGGUCCAAACAGAACUGACUCUUGGGGAAAUGUGCAAUAUUGAGGUUAUAAUUACAUACCGGCAAAGACAAAAGGAAUAGGCUAGAACAGAAUUCUACUCUAACGGAGUACAGCUAUUUCUGAACAAAACUGUAUUAAAAGUGAGUAAAACAGCACAAUCUUUGGGUGUUUGUUUUUGGUUGGUUUGUUUUUGGCAUAUUAGCAAAAUGAGGUUUUGGAUUAGAUAGGUGUUUUUUCGUAUGGUUUUUAAUGCUGUAUAUGUAUAUAAAUAGGAAGCAGAAAACUAUAUAACACUAGUUAUUUUUUAUAUUUUGUAAUAUGCUUAUAUUGUGUUUCUGGUAUAGACCCCACUCCCCUUUCAAGGCAGAGCAUAACUUCUGUGGGUAUUGACAGAAGUUAUGCUUAGGUAUAAAGGGGAGAACAGACUGUGCUCCUACAGAAAUGAGUCAGGUAGGGCAUGCAAACUUUGGAAGCAGGUAAGCAAACAGUGAGCCAGCUUGGCUGGAAGCUGCCAUCCGAAUGUCAGAAAAUAGCUGCAUUCUGUCUAAAUGCUUAAAGGACCCAUCUCCCUAGUGUGACACAGGGUGCCUUCAAGUUACCUUGGCUUCAUGCAACCUGCAGUAUUACGCAUUUGCAAAUAAUAUAGAUACCUGUUUUUUUGUUUGGUUUGUUUUGUUUUUUAAAAAGAAAAAAAGCCAAAGAUUGACCAGGUUAAUUGGUGGGAGUAGGAAGGGUUGAAGAUGUCAUGUGGCUCUGUCUGUGGCUCUCCAUAAACGACCUCUUUAUCUCUGUGUAGUAACUGUGUGUCUAUAUUGGUGCAUCUCCAGCUUGCCACUGCUGCUUCGUGGUCUGGAAGCUUCAAAGUGAGAGAAAAUUGCUUGAGUUGAAUUUCUGUUAAUGAGCGGUGCCUUGCAGUAGAGAAAACACCAAAGUCUCAUGCUCAUUUGUAGUGGUUUUAAAAAACAAACAAACAAAACCCAACCCGAAAAACAGAUUGCAUGGAGAUGGCUGGAGAGGAGGGCAAGAAGAAGCCAGCUCAUCACAAAGCAGCAACUUUGCCUUCAGUUUUGUAAGGGGUAGCACACAUACUUAAAACGCAGAAUUUCCUCUUCAAUGUUUGUUUUGUUUAAUGCCAUGGAUCAAAAGGCCACAGAUUCUUUUGUUUCCUGUCCUGAGCAAUGACAAGCACUUUACUUUCAUAGUAUUUUUUUUUCUUUUCCAAUUGCUGUAGAACCUCUUUGGAAUUAUUGCUGGAGCAGAAAGAGGUCAUUUUAAAAGUUUGGGGUUUUUUGUAGAUGUCUUGACAGUGCUGUUCUGCAGACUGCAAUGCAAUAGGGUAUUUAAAGACACUACGUGAUUGGUUUAAUUAAGAUGUAUAGUUUAUUUUUUAUCAUGACUGAACAAUCAUUUUAUUUCUUAUGUUAAAAUGAGAGGUGUACACCAAAAUGAUUAGUCGAUGUGUUUUAUUUAAUAUUUAAAUAAAAAAUGUUUUAAAAU